CAUUUCGUCGGUUCCGACACUUAUGGCGAAUUUGGAAAACGAAGAAAACCACAUAAUCGACUACGAGCUAUUGGCGUUAUUCGACGAUACUUCCGCAUUGUCGCAUUUGGAGAACUGUAGCUUCGACGAGUCGUAUUUUGGUUACAAUUUCUACGACGAGCCACGAAAUACAAAGAUCAACGAUAUUCGAUUGUCAAGGAUCGACGAUAGUUGGAAGGAUAAAAUGAACGAUAGACCAAUUUACUUGAAAAACGGUCAGGAUGAGAAGGAGAACGUGUUUGCUGUGCCGAAAGUGUACACAUGCAUGUACUGCUUUAAGGGAUUCUACAGUAGGUCUGCGAAUCGAAGGCACCAGGUCUUCCACGCCAAGAAACAAUUGCGUUGUCCCUAUUGCAGAACAACAUCCCACAGUAUGAGUAAUCUGCGAAGACACUUUGACUAUUUCCACCGAGGCGCUCCAAGACAUCAAAUAUUAAUUGAGUCGCCAUGAAACUACGGACUGCGACAAAUUGAAUACUCUCUACGGUGGAAUUCUCUCUGACUCAAUGAGAGAAAAUAAUGCUUCCGGUACAGUGCUAGUUAGAUCGUUUUCGACUAUCGAUGCGAACCUUCUCCGUAACUCGUAAAGAUUAAAUUUCUUUUCUUUUUUUUUUUUUAUUUGAAGCAAUAGAUAGAAGUAAAUUUUACUUCAUACUAAUAAUUUGUUUGCUUGCGUUUGGAAGAUUUCUUAGACUUUGAUAAAUGUAACUGUCAGAGCAGUAGUUUUCAGCUGUUUUCAACUGUCAAUGAAAUUUUCUUCGAUAACUGUUUAAAUAAAUUUAUUAGUCGAAAAUAACAGAGAAAGAAAAUUAUUUUGACAGAAAUUCGGAGCUC